AUGUCGGCCUGGUUGCAAGAGUCACAGCUUGUCAAUAUUGACGAUGUCCACGCUGCAUUGUGCUCUCCAGUGAGCAAACAUCAUGAUCCUACCUUGAAGCAUGUGGAACAGGAAUUACUAGACCAUUUGCGGGACUUCCUGGACUUUGUCAAUGUUGUCUGCGUGAACGAUCCCGACGCUGGAAAGAAGUAUUACGACCUUACUGACAGCACCGACUUUGAUCUGAUGGGUCAACUGCAUCGCCCUGGCUUUGAAAAGCACUACGACCAUAUCACUCCUUACCUGGCCGAUGCAAAUGUUGCAUUCAAAGACGUGGAGAUUUUUGCAGUAACGCCAGACUUUGGCUACAUCACCUACAUCCAGCAUUUCAAGGGCACCUCGUCGGACAAGACCCCUUUUGACUUUACUUUUAGAGCGACCAGCGUUCUGCGGAAGAUUGAUGGCCACUGGAAGUACAUCCAUGAACACUUUUCGUUCCCGGUCAACAUGGCAAACAAACAGGCAGACACAACUAGUGGCCAGAGCUUGUCUGACAAUGUGGAAUUCAACAAGAGCAAAUGA